CCAGUCCAUCAGGGCAACAGCGGAGGAGGUGUUCCUGGUAGCCAUCUUGGAUGUGCGGAGUGAUUGUUUGGCAAAAAGAAUUAAUACAAUUCUGAAAUAUAGCGCGAGGAAUUGGAAAAAAUUUAUUUUAAAGAUUGAGACAACCAAGAAAAGAAACGCUAACUCGGAAAAUCCAGUGAAAGAAGGCAUGAAGACAGCAUCCUAGUCAACAGUCAUGGCUGAUAAAAGAAAACUUCAAGGUGAAAUAGAUCGAUGUUUGAAAAAAGUAGCGGAAGGCGUGGAACAAUUUGAAGACAUUUGGCAAAAGCUUCAUAAUGCAGCCAACGCUAACCAGAAGGAGAAGUAUGAAGCUGACCUCAAGAAAGAGAUUAAGAAACUGCAGCGUCUCCGGGACCAGAUCAAGACGUGGGUGGCCUCCAACGAGAUCAAAGACAAAAGGCAGCUAGUGGAGAAUCGCAAACUCAUUGAGACGCAAAUGGAGCGGUUCAAGAUUGUGGAGCGAGAGACCAAGACAAAGGCUUACUCGAAAGAGGGCCUGGGCCUUGCACAAAAGGUGGACCCGGCCCAAAGGGAGAAGGAAGAGGUCGGCAACUGGCUAACGAACACAAUCGAUACACUGAACAUGCAGGUGGACCAGUUUGAAAGCGAGGUGGAGUCCCUCUCGGUCCAAACCCGGAAGAAGAAGGGAGACAAAGAGAAACAGGACCGGAUCGAGGAGCUGAAGCGCUUCAUUGAGAAGCACCGGUACCACAUCCGGAUGCUGGAGACCAUCCUGCGCAUGCUGGACAACGACACGCUGCAGGUGGAGUCCAUCCGCAAGAUCAAGGACGACGUGGAGUAUUACAUGGACUCGUCGCAAUACCCCGACUUCGAGGAGAACGAGUUCCUCUACGACGACCUGGAUCUCGAGGAGCUACCUACCUCUCCCUCUGUCUCCCCCAAUCCAUCUCUUGUCUCUCUAGCCGGGUCACUGGUGGCCACCUCCCCACCGGGCCAGUCGCUCCUGGACGACGACAUCUUCCAGCAGAUCUCCAGCGGCACGCCCACCUCUACAACCUCCUCCUCACCCAUCCCCCCCUCCCCCGCCACCUGCACUACGGAGAACUCUGAAGAUGACAAGAAAAGAGGACGUUCCACAGACAGUGAAGUUGGUCAGUCGCCCGUCAAGAACGGCAAUCCCUCUUCCUCGUUAUCCUCUUCGUCCUCUUCGUCCUCGUCAUCCUCGUCGUCCUCUGCCUCGGGAGCCUCCUCGUCCUCACUGGUCUCUAUGGCGACUGUCGCCGGGGGCGGAGUGCCCGUCACCGGAGGCAACCACAACAGCCUUCUGGGCAACAUGGGGGGUCUCCUCUCCAAUUCCGGCAGCUACAGCAACGCCACCCAGCAGCAUCAUCAUCAUCCUCAUCACCAGCUGCAGCAGCACCACCACCAAACACCGCAGGCCCGGAGUUCCGUCAUCUCCUCCAACAUCCCCUCCAACCCCAGCCCAUCGAACAACCUCCUCCUGCCCAGCCCCUCCGCCUCCUCGCCCCCUAACUCCGGCACAAACCCCCCGCCGCUCACGCCCAACUCCCAGGCUCCAUCGAGGCCCUUGACGGCCUCCGGCAUGGGCCUGGGCUUGGGUCUGGGCCUCGGCAAAGGCGGGAUGACGGGGUCGCCGGCUGUCAGCCAGAUGUCGGGACUUGGCCUGUCGGCGAUGCAGGCAUCCCUGAGCACCAUGUCCGGGCUACUGGCGGGCUCCACUUCAGCCCCUUAUGCCACGGCGGCAGCCGGCUCCGGAACCAUCGGUAGUCCCCUGGCAGGGAAAAUGGGCUUGGCUGGUACUGGUGGCACCAACUCUAACACAGUGGGGCCGGUGGGCGGGAACAGCAUCGGCGACCGAUCCACUGGCCUGCUAGGCUCCGCGCCCAGCGCAAUCGGCGUCAGCGGCGGCAUCCUGGGCCUCGGCGCCCUCGGCUCAGGGCAGUCGGGGAUCCAGGGUACUCCCCUGGCGGCCCCCAGCCCCCUCGGCGGAGGACUGACCCCUGGAAGCAGCCUAGGCGCCAUCGGGAGCAUGGGAGGCAACAGUUCCGGAGCACAAAGCGUCUCCAGCGGCAUCGGGGGAGGGAGCACAGCGAUCACGAGGCCUCCCAGUGGACAGAAGCAGAAUGGUAGCACUAGUUACAGUGCUGUAGUAGCAGACAGCACAUCCGAUUCCGCCCUUAACAGUUCCGGCCAAUCGCAGAGCAGCCAGCCAUCGUCUAUGACCUCCGCAUCCAAUCAGCCGAAAGACAGUGGACCCAGUCUUUUAGGAUCCAUGACUCUUACCUCCAGCUCUCCAUCACCGUCAUACAGCGAGAGUAAGCCUUCAGGGGGCAGUCUGCUCAACGGGCCCCUCUCCUACACACAGGCCUCCGAAAGCAUGAAGCCCCAGGAGCCUCUAGGCACUCUGAAAUCCAUGGCAGAACGUGCAGCACUGGGCUCAGGAAUGGAGGGAGAGAUGCCCUCUUUACACCUCACCUCAGAUAUGUUCCCCAGCACUACAACUGCCCAGGGGCCUGCUUCGGCCCCACAGCAGCCCUCUCUCUCAGAGGUCAGCAUCCCCCCGUCGCUGGGCGUGUGUCCGCUGGGGCCCGUGCCCCUGUCCAAAGACCAGCUAUACCAACAGGCCAUGCAGGAGUCAGCCUGGACGCACAUGCCCCACCCCUCCGACUCAGAAAGGAUCAGGCAGUACCUUAUGAGGAACCCGUGCCCCACCCUGCCUUUCCACCACCAGGUGCCGCCUCCCCACUCCGACUCGGUUGACUUCUACCAGAGACUGUCCACAGAGACGCUGUUUUUCAUCUUCUACUACCUGGAGGGGACUAAGGCUCAGUAUCUGGCAGCCAAGGCUUUGAAAAAGCAGUCGUGGCGGUUCCACACAAAAUACAUGAUGUGGUUCCAGAGGCACGAGGAGCCCAAGACCAUCACUGAUGAAUUUGAGCAGGGGACCUACAUUUACUUUGACUAUGAGAAGUGGGGUCAGCGGAAGAAGGAAGGAUUCACCUUCGAGUAUAGGUACCUUGAAGACCGAGAUCUCCAAUGACAAACGGCACAAAGUGAGAAGGGAAAAAAAGGGUGGACAACCUUCGACAUUCCUGGAUUUAACUCAACACACUGGGACGAGGGGCUGAUGCAGACGUGACACUGAGACAGUCUUAGAAGAGCAUAAUGCAUCUGGAGCUCCUCCUCUAUGCCAUGUGAAGCCACAACCCUACAGUGAUAAACCCCUCUCCUUUUCCUCCAUCAGGCUGUUUUGAUUUAGAUUGACGCUUUUAAUCUCUUACCUGAACUGGAUCCCAUUUUUUGGCAGAUGAUAGAAUCAUGAUUUCAUAAUGUUUGGUUAAUAAAACGCUCUGGAUUCUCACUUGUUUUCAAAACUCACCUACCGCUCAUUGAGAACCAAAGAUGAUUGGUCAAAUCCAUCUUAAUUCCCAGCAGUAUGGCAGUCCAAUUAAAAACAGAAGCAACAUGGUGCAGCAAGAAGCCAAUGAAGUAAGCCCUCAGGGGAUGUUGGGUCAGAGGGCGGUGGAUUGAAAGCGUUACGCAUUCACAGCAGUCAGAGGCCAAAACUGGGUUGUGUACGUGCGAAAGGCUGAAGGGAAAAUGGUAGUGUUUCCAUUCCACAUUAAGACCUUUUUGGGUGACUGUUUUUAGCCCUAAUUAUACUCUCCAUAGUUUCCAGUUUCACCGUAAUACUAAACAUAUUGCCUCUUGGGUAGACCCAGCGUUGACAAACUGCAAUAAACACUGCUAAUAAUACAUUACUCAUCCCUCCUCCGUUCCUCAAUUCCUUUUUUUUCAGUUAUGAAAUUACAUUUAUGUUGCUGUGGUCGACAGAAACAACACCAGCACUGAAGCGCCUCAUCUGUAGAGAAUGUUUACAGGUGUUCUAACCCAAGAGGCAUGUUUAAAAAAAAUAAAAUAAACUCAAGACUGCCCUUGUUACAAAUAAGUCAUUACUUCUGUUCCUGCCGCUUUUAUAAUGUACAAAUUGGUUGCAUUUCCAGACUCACUUCAACUCCCAGGUAGAUAUUUCCUUCUCUCAGGAAGUGUUUGAUAGCUCAUUAUGUGAGGAAAUAUUCCAAGUCAGAAGCUCCAUUUUUGCAGCACAAAACGCAUGCAGAUACCAAACUUGACACCACUAGCCAACUUUCUAUUCCCCUUUACUGCCAUUUAUUUCAUAUAAGGCUUUUUUUUUUUUUUUUAAAUAUCCUCCAAUGUUUGGAGUUUGCAAUCUUAAGUUUGUCACUUUUGUUUCCCUGUAUAUGUUGUCUAAGUGCUGGAAAGCAUUUCAACCGUAAAGAAUGAGCCCCCGUUUUUAAAAGAAAAGUCUCUCGUCAGGGCCACCAUCCACUGACAAACCUCCUGUUUUUAUUGUUACGUUUUCUUAUUUGGCGAGCAGAAGGGAAGUCAUCCAGAGCUGAAAUGUGAAUCUCUCCCCCUCUAAAGGGUGUUGUAUAGACUUUCAUCCUUUUUGUUUGUCAUUGUUGUCUUCAGGACAGCAAGAUGAAUGACACUUGGAAAGUGGAGUUGAGAAAAUAAACUAAAUAUGAACCAUAACCAUGAAUAAAGGAUUGUAAAAUAUUAAUAAAAAAUAAUUACUUUUCA